AAUAGCCGAAGCCUGGGCACGACCGGACGCCUCCGCGCUCCUGCCCCAGCUCCCCUCGCAGCACGGCGACAGGGCCCACGCGCGGCCCUGGCUCCGCCUGCCGCCGGCCGUGCAGCAGCAAUCGCGUCCCCCGGCAACGCUGCGCGCCCAGCGGGGUCCGCCCGCCGCUCCUCGGCACCGCCACUGUCGUGUCCCGCGGAGGCGCCCGGCGCUGGGCCGCUGGCGGAGGGGCUGCGCCGCGCCGCGUGGCAGCGAUGCCCUUCUCCGAGGCCGUCCUGCAGCCAUCCCCCAGCAAGAGGCAGAAGGGCUCGGUGCCCGGGGAGCCCACCGCACGGCUCCGCUUCACUAAGCUGUCCGAGAACGCCUCUGCCCCCUCCAGGGGCUCUGCUCGGGCAGCGGGCUACGAUCUAUACAGUGCCUAUGACUGUGUGAUACCACCCAUGGAAAAGGCUGUAGUAAAAACAGACAUUCAAAUUGCACUUCCUUCUGGAUGCUAUGGCCGAGUAGCACCACGUUCUGGUUUAGCUGCGAAACACUUCAUAGAUGUUGGUGCUGGUGUUAUUGAUGAGGAUUACAGGGGAAAUGUUGGUGUGGUACUCUUCAACUUUGGCAAGGAGAAUUUUGAAGUUAAAAAAGGGGAUAGGAUUGCCCAGCUCAUCUGUGAACGCAUUUAUUAUCCUGAGCUAGAAGAAGUUCAAGCUCUAGAUGAUACAGAACGUGGUGAAGGUGGCUUUGGUUCUACUGGAAAGAACUGAAAAUUAUUUGAAUAUGCUUUCUCUUGGGUUGUUGUUGUUUGGGGUUUUUUUUUUUGUUACACUGUUUCUAAGUUAUCAUUUGAAGUAGAAGUGGGAUUUUGGAGUACAUAAAAAUAAAGUUUUAUUCUGACUUCUUUUUAUCUGUCCUGUCUAUUUUUACAGGCAGUGAAUUCUUCUGUAUUAAUGGGAAAUGUGUGUGACCGACUUGACUGAUUAGUUUAUGGCUAUUUUUUCUUUUUAGCUCUCAGUCCUCGGUAAUAAGAAUUCAUUGUUUAUGUGCUGAUUAUACUCUAAUAAAUUAAAAAAAAUAACUUAAUGAUUUGAUUUUAUUUUACUCACCUAAACUAAUAUGGUUGACUGUUCCCUUGCAAGUUUGUGUUAAUCUUCUGAAAACUAUCAUCCAUGUAGCUCAGUAUUUCAUACUGAGACCCUAUUUCAUGUAGAAUUGGUGAUAAUACAGGUAUUGAUAUGACUUCCCAGUCUAAUCGGAAUAAAGCAAAGAUAUUAAAUAUUGCAUCUUCUACAA